AUGGGUCCAGAUCUCAUCCCAGGCUGCGUGCCAACACACUGUGAAGAACAGCUGACAGAUAUCUUCAUGGACCCUCAGCCAAAGCAGAGUGCCAGCUGCUGUAUCAUGAAAUGCUUUGAGAGGCUUCACAUCAGCUCACGCUUCCCAACCAAGCUGGGCCCGCUGCUGUUCACAAACUGUUUCUUAACCAAUCAGGUGACGUUCCGUACGAGGAUCUACCACUGCAACAUCAACAGUCAGGGCGUGAUCUGUCUGGACAUCCUGAAGGACAACUGGAGUCCCGCCCUCACCAUCUCCAAGGUCCUACUGUCCAUCUGCUCCCUGCUCACUGACUGCAACCCAGCUGACCCUCUGGUUGGAAGCAUCGCCACACAGUACCUGACCAACAGAGCUGAGCACGACAGGAUAGCCAAACAGUGGACCAAGCGCUACGCUACAUAGAGCAGCUCCAGGACCCCAGCGCCUCCCCCAACACACACACACACACACACACACCUCCUCUCUUCUGGAAUCUAUGGAAGCACACCUGCCCCUGUCAUCCACCCCCCCAACCCCCGAGAUACAAACUGUUAUUUGUUCCAUGCUGACUUGAAAAGCUUCUUUUUUAUACAAAGAGUCUAUUGGGAUUGUAUUUUCCAAUACACUGAAUGUUGAUAUGGUCAUGAAAAGCUUUAAUACUGUUAUUGUUCUGUUGAUGUUGUUGUUCUUAUUGUUGUGGCAUUGUUUAUAACAUUGUUGCCACCAGUGUCAUUCUCUUUCUCUAAAAGCGCGUGUGAUGAAUUCCUCCCGUUUCAUGUGAUGUAAAAAUGUUCAUACUGAGUGAGUGCAUUUCAUUCUGUUUGUGUUUUCCAGCUCAUGGUCAAUAUUAGUGCAUGGCAUCAGGACAUGUGUUCAUGUAGUGGACACGUAGUCCCGAUAUUUCUGUUCAGGCAGAACUGUGGCAUGGAGUGAGCCCAUCAUCAUGUAUGACAAUAGUGCUUAGUUUGCUGUACACUUAAUGCCUUGUGAGAACAUACAUACUCAUCGAAUACUCAAUAAAACACUGGCUGUCAUGUGACACAGCUUCUCUCA